CCGGCAUCAGCCUGUCGCUGCUCAAGACCACAGUGUAUAUCGACUACUUAGGGUAUUGACGAAGUCUACCUCAGGUACUGACUGCUAGGCACUCACAUUGUUCGCAUAGGUCUCAGAUACUUGACUCGAACGACUUCCUCCCCGUCGGUGCCUAGCUUUAGUUGGUGCGAGUACAUCAGUAGCCCACACGGAGUGAAGAAUUAGGCUUCGUUAGUGCGGGAUGACCGACCGUACCUCAAUCUACGUCGUGUUGGAGGCCCUCGACCCAUCAAUGGGCAGAUUUCAUUGGUCAAUUGCGCUCCGAGUCCUCCCCUCUGAUCUCAGUGAUCAAGCACCCGACUGGUCGUGCGUCGAUCUAUUCCAGGUCAUAGACGUCGUCGAUCCUUCCCCGGGCAGCGGGAAGGACUCGGUGGAUGCUUCACAGACAGCCGUAGGACCGGUGUUCAAUGGCAACAAUUUAUCGCUGCCGAACAGCGUGGCUGUUAAGCGUACAUGGCACCUCGCGCACCAGACGGCCGUCGACCUCUUGUCAUCACAGCGCUCGUUGACCUGUUUGGGAGCCGUGCGUCUCCCCGACGCGGACCUUCCGCACCAUGAUCUAAAAGAGUUCAUCGAAGAGCAGGAGGCGGAGCAGGGCGACAGCAAGACUACGAGGGAUGUCCCGUGGAGCUGCGCGCAGUGGAUCAUGCGCGUCUUGGACCGCCUGAUCGAGUCUGGAUUAUACGAGCUCGACAUGAAUCAUUUCUACCCGAGGAUCCAGAGGCUCGGGGUCGAACUACACAGCUUGCAUUUGGCAGAUCCUCGUAGUAUACACGUUCUCCAUUUCGCACAGGAUGGCUAUUGAUUUCCACUUAUCUUGGGUAGGAUUAGUGCCAAGGAAAUGACUGGGAAAUUAUAAAGGAUCAUCACUCAGUCUAUUCCAGG